AUGUUUUGUUCCAAUUCAGUGUUCGGAGAGCUUUUGAUGUCAUCAGGGAUUGUUUUGAAUGAUAAUGUUUAUUGGGUAACAUUCCAUAGUGGGUAUGAUUUUGGGUACUUGCUCAAGCUAUUGACAUGUCAUGAUUUACCCGAAACACAAGCUGGGUUCUUUGCUCUGAUCGACAUGUACUUUCCAGUCGUUUAUGACAUCAAGCAUCUUAUGAAGUUUUGCAAUAGCCUUCAUGGUGGAUUGAACAAGCUUGCGGAGCUGUUGGAAGUUGAGAGAAUUAUUAUGGGACGGAAGAGGAAGCCUGAUUAUCCCCGGCGUAUGAUGUCCGAUGUGGUACAUAAGAGGACAUCAGCGGCACCACCAUCAGAGGAGGCAUCACAUCGAUCACUAUCAGAAGGGCCAUUAGUGCCACCACUAUCUGACCAGCCAUCGCAGCGACCACCAUUAGUGGCACCAUAG